AUGCUUGGGGAUGAGAUUGAGCUGGAUAUUGAUGAGAUGGAUGUCGAGACACAGUGGGAGCUUGAUCGAUUCGUCACCAACUGCAACAAAGCGCUCAAGAAGAGUCAACGGGCUGCGAUGACGAAUGGUGGCAUUGCUGAUAUAACCGAUCCAGUUGUGGCUGAGGACAGUAUUGUGCCAGUGAAUGGCAUUGACCAGCAGGCGUUGUUCUUGGUUGCAGCUAGAGGAUGUGAGAAUUUGCUUCUCAUGUUGGCUUGUUUGUUUUCUUGUUCACAGGAGAGUGAGAACCCUGUGAAGAGUACCACAAUGGCCGAGCAGGUGGAUGAGUAUAUAGAUAUUGGAGAUGAGAUGCCAACAGCCACUUACCAAUCAAUGGAGAUUGAGAAGGAUGCUGAGGUUGCUAUUGGCUCUGGUGGUUCCGGCAGCGGCUCAUCGUCCACUGGUUCUGAGUCGGGGAGCUCAGGGGAUAGUGCCUCGGGAGUUGGCAAUGCUCAUUCUUUGGUGUAGGGGAGGUUAUUUUAAUAGUAACAUUUGAGUACUUGGAAGAUGUGAGUUCUUCUUGGCCUUGGGUGAUUCGAGUAGAGCUAGAGGAAGCUGUAAGUAUUUUGUAAGUUGUUUCUGAGACGUGUGUGCAUGCUUGGGGUUUAGUUGACUAGUUAGUAUUGAUAACGGAAUGGCUUUGUGGGUAAUCUGGUAGCACAUACUUAGUAUAGAUAACGGAAUAGUUUUGUGGGUAAUCUGGUAGCACAGCUGGACCAUGUAUAUAUAAGCAGGUGGUG